AUGGAACAGCAGUCUUCGACGUCAAAAGUGACAGUCGAGUACUUCGAUCCCCACGACGUGUACAAGCUCCUAUCCCCCGGCUUGAUUCCUCGACUACCUCUGCGGAACCUUCAUUGGCAGUCGCAUGCCGGGCCUCUUCGGUCUAUAGAUGCCUUGCACAUUGACCUUGUAGAAGGUGACGCUGCCGGAUCUGUCGAGCCUGGAGCGGCUCGCAAACAGAGGCGGUCCACGAGUGCCUCGCUGGACGAUGGCUUCCAAACACAGCAAGUACGGGGGCUUGACGGCUCCAGCGAGACUGCAAAAAAGCAGGCGAAUGCGACAAAAUCCAUCAUCGGUGCCCAGCGGCGACACCAGAUACCCGGCCUCCGAAGUACCCCGUAUCUCAAGGUCCUCCUCGUGCGGUGCGAUGACAACGAUUCCUACAAGGCCACAGUACGAAGCGAAAUACGCGAGUGGAUCAAGGAGCAAACCCUGCCGUCCAGUGGCCCCAGGAAAGUCAGUACACAGGAAAAGCACGAUGCCUUUGAGUGGUUGAUUGUGCACGUGGUCAUCCCGAAUACCGUCGCAGCAACACAACCUCGAAGCAGCGGCAGUAAAGCAGAUGCCAGCGCUGCAGACAAGAGCUCCGCAACGUCUCGAUGGCGACCCGGAUCGACCCCUUUGCUAGAGAAGCUUCGAUCCGACUUCAACUCGUCAAGCAAGGGCGCUCCAGACCGUGUGGCUCAGAUACGAAUUGGCAUCAACGACGUGCCGUACGACCUGCUGCCAAGAGUGGUCCCUGCGGUGCCUUCGGGAUACUCUGAAACGGCGCAGGACGCUGACAACGCCUGGAAUGAUUUGAUGGCUAAGCUCAAAGGUCUGAUCCUGACGUCCUUUGACAUGCGCGUGACCCAAUACGAAGACGAUAUCAAAGAGAGGGAUGGACAGCGCAGCCUACCUGGCUGGAACUUUUGCACCUUUUUCAUUUUAAAGGAGGGUCUAGCGCGGGGAUUUGAAAGCGUCGGCCUCGUCGAGGAUGCUCUCGUUGGAUACGACGAGCUGAGCGUCGGGCUCGACACUGUUCUUCAUGAACAGACCGAGAGUGGACUGCCAGAAAGGCAUGGCGGAGCAAUGCUGACGCACACAGAGGACGUGAAAAGGGCAGUCAAGAAGGCGUUGGCAGAGGCGAAGGGGGAAGCUGGUGACGAGGAAGCUGAAGACCUGCAGAAGAAGGAGACAAUGACAAACCAAACCGAGGACAUACCAGUAAGCUUCUGCAAAAAGGCAUACCGCGAAAUGAUUUUGGCAAACAAGGUAUCCGUCUUUGACUUUAGAUGCUACAUCUUUUCGAGGCAGAUUGCUUUGCUGCUCAGGUUAGGGAAUGCGUCGGCCAGCAAGGACGAGCUCCUGGCCAAGCUGAAGGAUCAACGAGAUGCUAUCCUUUAUGGUGUGGCACCAUCGAUGCCGCCGAUGAAGAAUGACGAUGACGGCAAGGCGGAAAAACUCGACUUGCUUUCCGAGGUGUGCCGGCGAACGCUGGAAUUCAUCCCAUCCAUAUCCCCGAUCUUGCGACGAGACAUUUCAAUGUCUCUGUCGAGCGGCGCAAAUGCCCAUGGCGCAAAGGGCGCAGAGCUGGACCCGCCAUCGCUGGAGAUGGUGGACAAUUAUACAGCCUCCUUUGCCUUCAGCGUGGCCCAGCAAAUCUUGGCACAGACGUCGACCAGAGCACUUCCAAUACCGCCAACUACAUUCAAAGCCGGAAACGGCACCGAGCCAAAGUCGUCAAUCCCUGAACCCAAGACCAUGAUGCAUCCUGCGAGAGUAUCGUCGCUGCAUUCACAAGCGUCAACAGCUCGACCGCCGCAGGGUCAGGCCACGCUUCCGAGCCACGAUCGGUGGCCCGGGGCGGCGGAGAUGGGGUCACAAAGCUCUUCGUUCCUCAAAGGCGGACUGGAAGAACUGUCUGCUCGGCGCGCAGAGCUGUAUAUGCUAUGUAGGAGUAUCCUUGACAAACUGGGGGGGAAACGCGCAUGGUCCAACGGGUGGGAUGAGGCGCCGCUAGUCAACGAAGCAGAUGGCCAAGAUAUGGAAGAGAUAAGCCUCGAGGAGGAGACGUCGGCUGUCGCCAAGGGCAGGCCAACCAACGCGGCGCCUGCAUUUCCAGCGUCAGCCCUCGGCAUUGAAAGCCAGAUACUACGGGCGGCCACGGACAACGCGGCCGACUUUUACCGACUAUAUGAAAUUCUCACCGACAAGGCCCUCCAGCACUUUACAGUUGCCGGCCACAAACACGCCGUUCACGCCUGCAGGGCUGACUUGGCUGUUUUGAAGGUCCACCUAAAGGACUACGAUGCGGCCGCGGAGCAUUUUGUCAAGUCAACUCCGUUCUUUGGUAUGAACGGAUGGAGUCGUUUGGAGUUGUCGCUGCUGGUCAUGUACUGUCAAUGCCUCGGGAAGCUGAAAGCGAACGACAAUUACGUGCGCGCCGCCCUGAAGCUCCUUAGCAAAUCCUGCUCGGCCGAGAGGGAGCGGCGGCAGCGGCGAAGCAUGCCGUUGACCGCGUCGGCACGCAAGCCCACAAUCACAGAUAUGUCGUCCGUGCGCAGUGUUGCGCAAACGCUGUUUUCCCUGACAAAGGAACUCUCAUCCGAGUUGAAGGUGACGUUGGCAAAUUUCUUCAUGAAUGUUGAGUUGGAGGGAUGCCCUGAAUAUCAUGAUGGACAGGAUAGCUGCUCACUGUCGAUUUCGUUACGCAGCCUGCUGCCAGAAGAAAUCACGGUCGACACCGUCAAGCUACGAGUGACGUGCGUGGACGGGGGGCCAUGCCGGGAAGUCAAUUUCGAAGCCAAAGGCGAUGUUGUAAUUGUCCCAGGCCAGAAUGUCAUUUCCGUAAAGACACACUCCAUUGUUCCCGGAAAAUAUCGAGCGAGCCGGCUGGACCUGUUCUCGAACAAACUUGUGUUCCACCACGAGCAAGAUUUCUGCCAACCACCUCCGAGGACAAGCGACAUUUUUGCGAGUCCUGACGUGACCUUGUUCCAACGCACCAGGGGCCUCGACGUACAAUUGACGGCCAGCAAGCACAUUAGCCUCGGGAAAAACAACGCACUUGAGCUCGUCAUCAACCCCGGCUGGAACGCUCUCACCAGGUGCGACGUGCGCCUUCGUCCGACGACCGGAGGUCUGCGUCUCCUGACCACGGAGGCGAGAGUAUCGGAUGGGUCGGGGGCGUCCUUUGCGAAGCCGCCCGAGCCGGGAGCCAUGUUUCUGGGACCCAUGCGCCCAGACGCGCCCGUCACUGUGCGAUUUCCGUAUUCCAUCGAACAGGACCUGGGAGACGUGUCUGUGAGGGUGGAAGCGUGGUAUACGAACGAGUCGAACGACUCGUUCCAUGCUGCCAAAUCCAUAGUCGUCCCCGUGUCGCUGGCUGUGGGCGUAAACGUGCAAGACGUGUUCAAGCACGACGCACUGUUUUCGCGAUUCAACGUUGAAACAGCGUCGUCGAGCCCGCUCCGACUCUUGAAGAGCGAGCUGCAGGGCUCCGAGCUUUUUGAGCCGUGCUUUGGACCUGGCGCGAACAUGGCAGCAAUGGUAUUCCCGAAGCAGCAGGCUACGUUGCUCUACAAGAUUACGAGAAAACCCGGCGGCGACGAUGCCAAGGCGGCGACGACGACGACGACGACGGGACGAACGGGCAGAACGCUGCAUCUCAAGCUCUACUACAGUGUGUUGCAGACGGAAAUCGAGGACGUGAUCCGGCAGUCAGUGAUGCAGGGUCUGAGGGACACGCCACUGGAGCCGUACUCGACGAUGACGGCGGCACUCGUGUUGGCCGAGACGAAGAGGGGACUGCGAGCGCAGGAUCUGGAACGGGCCGCGCUCGUGGGCGAGAUGACGACGGCCUGCCUGCAAGGCACGCCGUGGGCACAUCUGCUGCGGGGACUCGGGCGCGUACCAGGCGCCGAGGACGACGCGGCAACCCAGCUGGCGGAGUUUCUCGAGCGAUGGCAGAGGAAGCACGCACGACUGCGGAUGCCUGCGUGGCCGGCGCCGGACGACGCGUGCUCGAUAGCGAUCCCGGUGGAGAUGCCGUGCCUGCCUGUGCUCCACACGGCCGACAUUCGCAUCGACGACUCGGUGCUGCAUCACCUGGAAGGGGCGGAGGGCGGGGCGCCCGCGGCCGUUGUCGGCCAGGUGCUGCCGGCGACGCUGCACCUGAAGUGGACGCGGAGGUGGGACACGGGCGCCGGGGGGGGCGAGGACGAGGAGUUCAGCUACGAGGUGACGGCGCCGCCGGAUUCGUGGCUGCUGGGCGGGCGGCGCAAAGGGCACUUUGUGAUUCCCGGGGGCAAGGCGGGCGGGGGGGCGUCGUCGACAGCCGAGACGGAGGCAGAGAUCCCGCUGGUGCUGGUGGCGCAGCGGGAGGGACGGCUUGCGUAUCCGACGGUGGACAUUCGAGAGGUGCGGUCGACGGACGGGCGAGGCGGCCCGGCGGCGGGGGCGGCGGCGUGCGAGGUGGACUGGCGGAACCUGGGCGAGACGGUGAGGGUGGUGAGCGAGAGGCGGAGCGUGACGGUGAGCCUGGACGCGAGCGGGCCGGGAGGGGGGCCGCUGGUGUUUGAGAGCGAGCGCCUGCCACGACGGCAAAGGGGGAGGAUUGUGCUGUAG